AUGAAGCUCCUCAACUGCGUCAAUCUCCAAAUCGAGGAAUUCUUCGGCUCAUCCAUCCCCUCUGAGUAUGCGAUACUCUCGCAUACCUGGGAGGUCGGCGAAGUCACUUUUCAGGAUCUGAGCGACAUUCAGGCCAUAGAAGACAAACCAGGCUGGGCCAAGAUCAAGCGUGCGUGCCAGCUGGCUCUUGAACAGGGAUACUCGCAUGCCUGGGUCGACACCUGUUGUAUCGACAAGACAAACUUCACCGAGCUGACCGAGGCCAUCAACUCCAUGUUCAAAUGGUACGCAAGAAGUACGGUCUGCUAUGCCUACCUGGCAGACGUCGGAGGCGAAAAUACGAUACAGCUCCAGGACUCACGCUGGUUCACGCGCGGGUGGACGCUGCAAGAACUCAUCGCACCGUGUCGUGUCGAGUUCUACGACAAGGACUGGAAAUUCCUGGGCACCAGGGCCGAUCUCAGCGACGAAAUCCAGCAAAGAACGAGGAUCCAUCAAGAUUUCCUGGCCCAUUCUGUGGGUGACAUCGAAGAUCUGCUCACCACUAUUCCUCUCGGGUGUCGCAUGUCGUGGGCAGCCGGCCGGGUGACUACGCGGGAGGAAGACCUCGCGUACUGCCUCUUGGGAAUCUUUGGAGUGAGCAUGCCGCUCCUGUACGGCGAGGGAAAGAAAGCUUUCAUCAGAUUGCAAGAGGAAAUCAUCCGAGGAACCCACGACACGUCCUUGUUUGCAUGGAGUUACCCAAGAUCGGAACCCGCACACGAGCCUAGGCAACAUUACUUUGGCAUACUGGCAGAAUCUCCCGACCUGUUUGCGGGCGUGACAUCUCUGGAAAGAGUGGUGCAAACUGAACCCACCGAAUACUCAAUUACAAACAAGGGCUUUCAGAUAAUGGCCAAAACUUAUGGCCCUUUGAAAACAGGAGACAACUUACACAUGGAACUUGGAUGGCGCUUGAAAACCGUCGACGGAGCCGGCGACAUGGAUCUUUUCGUGUUACUCAGAGAUCAGGGCGACGGGAUACUUGUCAGAUCGAGUCCUUACAUCGUCCAUAUCAAAUCGAGCACUCACAUCGACUACAUCGAAAGCCUCAGGUCGAUUGCUCCCUUCGCUCGAGAAGAACAGCCACUCACUAUUCGGAAAACUAUGAACGCACAGCAGUCUUUGGCUUUGGAGACAAGUCACGAUGAGCCUCUGGGGUGGACCGGGCCUCAUGGGUGCGCCGGAAACUACUGCUUGUUCGCCAACCGGGGUUAUGCGGGCGGACGCGGGGUCGUUAUCAUCUCAACACCAGAAAACGUGCAAAAGCUGAAGAAAAUGGAAGAAGGGUUAGAUAUGCAGAGCGAGAAGGACCCGAGCUCAUCAAAUCCGCCGUUUCGCAUCACUGAGGUGGAAGGAAAAGGGCUAGGCAUGAUCGCCAACAAGAGCCUGGCGAGAGGCGACACGGUCAUGCUCAAGACGGCGGUUCUCAUCGCUCACCGCGCCUUCAUCGAGCACACGCCGCCGGAAGAGCAACGGCCUCUUCUUGAUGCCGUGGCGGGGCAUUUGCCCUCGUCAACAAGGGAGACUUUCCUUGGUCAAAUGGGUCACUUUGGCGGCCACAAGGUCACAGACAUCAUGCAGACCAACUCAUUCCAGAUGGAUCUCGGCGGCGGCGCUCAAGGCGACGGCCACCACUACGGCAACUUCCCUGAGGUAUCACGAUAUAAUCACGACUGUCGGCCCAACGUCGCCUUCCACAUCAGCGACUCCGACGGUCGCCACCGGACCACGGUCGUGAAGCCCGUGAAGCCCGGCGAGGAGCUGACGAUAUCGUACCUCGACCAGCUCGACCCGCGCUCCGUGCGACAGCACCGGGCCAAGCUGGCCUGGGGUUUCGAGUGCGGGUGUUCGCAGUGCGGGCUGGCGGAGAAGCAGGCCGCGGCGUCGGACCAGCGGUUGAUGGAUAUCCAGGAGAUCGAGCGGGCGCUUUCGGACAUCAACGCCAGGGUCACGACUGCGCUGAUUGAGAAGUUCCUGAAGUUGUAUCGGGACGAGAGGUUGGAGUCGAAGCUGGCGGGCGCGUACACCAUCGCGGCGCUGAACUUCAAUCUGCUCGGACAUGCGAAGCAGGCUGUCAAGUAUGCGAAGCUGGCGGCGGAGGCGGGUGUUAUUGAGAAUGGUGCUGGAGCGCCUGAUGUCGAGGCGAUGAGGACGUUGGCGGCGGAUCCGAAGAAGCACUUCACAUGGAGAGGAAGGAUGAAAUGA